GGGAAAUGGUUGUGGUGGGAUUGGGGUCUGUAUAUCUUUCUCUUGCCUUUGGGACAGGGGCCGGUUGUAACUUGUAGGGACUCGUCUCAAGCGAAGAAAUGAUAUCCACUCUCAAGAAAUUUUUUGGGUAUUCUGGGUUUCGGCCAUACCAGAAGGAGGUGAUCGAGAAAAUUCUUGAGAGAAGGGAUUGUCUGGUCGUCAUGGCCACUGGCAGUGGAAAGUCUUUGUGCUACCAGGUUCCUCCUUUGCUUGUGGGAAAGACUGCCAUAGUCAUAAGCCCUCUUGUAUCUUUGAUGCAAGACCAGGUGAUGGCUUUGAAACAAAGGGGAAUCAAAGCUGAAUAUCUUGGAACUGGUCAGAGUGAUCACUCUGUCCAUAAUUUAGCUCAAAGUGGUCAUUUUCAUUUAUUAUUCAUGACUCCUGAAAAGGCAUGUUUACUUCCUGUCAGCUUCUGGUCAAAAUUGCUAGAGGUUGGAAUUUGUCUGCUUGCCGUUGACGAGGCACAUUGUAUAUCAGAAUGGGGCCAUGAUUUCAGGGUGGAAUACAAGCAAUUAGACAAGUUACGCAAUAUUCUCUUGGAUGUUCCAUUCGUUGGCUUAACUGCAACUGCAACAGAAAAGGUUAGAAUCGACAUCAUCAAUUCCCUAAGAAUGAACGAUCCUUAUGUGGCUGUUGGCUCAUUUGACCGAAAAAAUCUCUUCUAUGGUGUCAAACAUUUCAAUCGUGGUACACUUUUUAUGAACGAGCUUGUUCAAGAAAUUUCAAAAUUUGCAGGGAAUGGUGGGUCAACUAUUGUUUACUGCACAACAAUAAAAGAUGUUGAACAGAUUUUCAAGUCACUUCAGGAGAUAGGAAUUAAGACUGGAAUAUACCAUGGCAAAAUGAGCAGCAAAGCUCGUGAGGAGUCCCAUAGGUCAUUUAUAAGAGAUGAACUACAUGUCAUGGUUGCCACUAUUGCUUUUGGGAUGGGCAUUGAUAAGCCGGACAUAAGGCAAGUGAUACAUUAUGGUUGCCCAAAGAGUCUAGAGUCCUAUUAUCAGGAGAGUGGACGAUGCGGAAGAGACGGUAUAGCUUCUGUCUGUUGGCUUUAUUAUACAGGAAGUGACUUUACGAAAGCUGACUUCUACUGUGGAGAAUUGAAAACAGAAAAUCAGAGAAAAGCUGUUGUGGAGUCAUUGAUGAUUGCACAAAAGUAUUGCAUAUUGGCAACUUGUAGAAGAAAGUUCUUGCUUGAUUACUUUGGAGAACAUGUUUCAGCUGACAAUUGUGGAAAUUGUGAUAAUUGUAGGUUCUUAAAGAAGGAACGCGACCUGUCAAGGGAAGCGUUUCUUUUGAUGGCUUGCAUUCAAUCAUGUAGGGGUAAAUGGGGUCUCAAUAUGCCUAUAGACGUUCUUCGUGGGUCUCGAGCAAAAAAAAUUCUUGAUGUGCAUUUUGACAAGCUUCCACUUCAUGGACUUGGGAAAAGCUACUCUUCAAAUUGGUGGAAAUCAUUGGCUUAUCAAUUGAUCUCUCAUGGUUUUCUGGUGGAGACUAUUGAGGAUGUGUACAAAUUUGUAAGUGUUGGUAAGAAAGGAGUGCAAUUUCUUAGCUCUGCUAGACCUGAUUAUCAACCACGACUAGUUUUGCCAUUGACUAGUGAAAUGGCUGAUGAUGAGGAAUAUCAAAGUGCAACAAGUGGAGUUGGAGAAUUCAAGAAUUUUGUGACUCUGGAAUCUGAAGGUUUUUCGGAGGCUGAGGUACAACUCUAUCACAUGCUUUUGGAAGAGAGGAUGAAGCUUGCUAGAAUCAUUGGGACUGCUCCGUUUUCUGGUGAGACAGCCAAGGGAUGUGUACUAAAUUUAUGCAGGUUGACUAGUGAAAUGGCUGAUGAUAAAGGAAUAUCAAAGUGCAACAAAGUGGAGUUGAGAAUUCAAGAAUUUUGUGACUCUGGAAUCUGA